CUCCUGUCGACAGCAGGAUGUUGCCACAGCGACCCGCGCCGCGUCGCCCCAGUGUGGCAGAAAGGAUAGAAGAAGAUGCUUCGAGUGUAACAAAGCUAACCUCCGUUUUACCUGCAGCUACACUUGCUCCUGUGCGCGCGAUGACAGAGCGCACCAUGCCAUCACAUGCCCCUCGGUUCGACAAGAAGAACACUGGUCUUCUAGCGAAGUUUCAAAUGCUGCAACAUCACCAACCUGACAAGCUCCGCCCGAACAGUCCAACAUUCAAAGAAUCCACGUUGAGCUUACAGCGCAACAUGGCUGCUCUGACGUCGUUCAACCUGAAGGAGAAGCAGAGCGUGCAAGUAUUGAAACAACAAUUGGAGCAAACGCAAGUCGAAAUCGAAUCACUGAAGAUCGAGCUUGGGCUAGCCAAAGGCGAAUCAAAGCGACUGUCCGACGAGCUUCAUGUCGACAAGACGUCCACGGCGCACGCGAUUAUCCAGGCCAACCAAAAGCGGCAGUCGGACGUUGACAAGAAGCAGUUGGAGGACAACCACCAAGUCGAGAUUUUCAAAUGGGAGAACCGGUGCCAAGAGAUCAGUGCCAACCACAAGCAGCUGGCGAAAUUGCUGGCCAGGGCGCAAGAUAACGAGCGAGUGUUGACGCGAAAGGCGGCCGACGCCGCCGAGCACGUCACAGCCCUAGAAACCACUGUUGCUGCCCUUCGCCUUGAGCUGCAAACGAUCGCUCGUGCCAAGCUGGCUGAGGACGACACGCUGAAAGCCCGAGCCGAAAAUGAAGCGCUGCGUUGCAAAGUCGUGGCGUUGAACCAGUCUUUGGAUGACGUUCACGCUAAGGAGCGCGACGCGCGCAACACACUCACAAUCAAGACGAUGCAGUUUGCGCAGGAGAAGGACGCGUUGCUGCGAGAAAUUUCGCACGUGAGGGACGAAUGGACAGCAGCGCGAGCACAUGGCCAACUCGAGCACGACAAACUGACGGCCAUCAUUGCUCGCGACGAAAAGCACAAGGCGGAUCUCGAGUCGCAGGUCGUGGAUCUCACCGACAAGUGCAUCGCGUUGGAUGAGGCAGCAUCCAGUGUGCGCAAGCAGCUCGACUUUCAAGUCAAAGUUAUCGACGACAAGCAGCUGGCCCUGGACCAGACCAAGGCUCUCGCUGCACAGCACGAGCGCGACGUCGAACGGCUCAUGCGCGAAAUUGCCGCACUCGAUGGAGAGAACGCCACCAUGCGGGAAAAGCUCAUCAUGGUGUCGGACGUGUGGGCGGCGUGCACGUCCCAGAAUCCGACUGUCCAAGCGCUCCAACAGGGGCGCCAAGGACAGAAUGAAGCACUUGCGAUUGUGCUCGACGAAAAGGAACGACUCAAGGCAGAGGUCGUCAAGGCAAAGGAGGAGGUGGCGAAACUGACUGCGCAACUCGCCAAGGGCGCGCCAUCGGGCGACGUCGUGGCGCUCCAGACGCAGCUGGCGAGCAUGCUAAACAAGAAGAACGAGCUGCUUCUGAUGAUGGACCAGAUGAAGGCUGAACUGACGACCCUCACGACAUCCCACACGACACUCCGUAUUGCCCACGACACGUUGCUCCAGCGCUGUGCCGCGCUAGAGGAAGUCGCAAUGGAUCCGUCGGUGAUUAUCAUGCUCAAGCAAGCCCAACUCGACUUGACCGACACUGUGAACAAGCUCGUGGAAGCUGAGACUUCGUCCGAGGUAUGUAUGUUGCAUGCUAGAUCCCCGCAUGCGUUCGUUAACAUGCGUGCGUUGUCGCAAGACUGCGUUCACUUGUUUGAAGUGCAUGUCGAUCUUUGUUCGACCGGUGACGCUCACUGGAUGUGGACACACGUACUGCGAGUCGUGCUUGUACAGCACACGGGGAUCUGGCGUCGGUCAUGCGUGCAAGGAGUGCGGAGCAUGGAGUUCAUCGGAUGGUCUAUUUCACAACAACGCGCUCGCCGACUUGGCGUCUCGGUUCGUGUAUCGACAACAGACGUUGUCAAGUUUGACGGGAGUAUGCCAAUCCCUCGAAGACGCGUUUGCGGCGCCCACUGUCGCGCUCGUCGUCGGUGGCACCGGCAAGACAUAGAUGGCGUCGGGACCGCUGUAAGAAAAAUUCGAAUGCGAAGAAAUCUUUCCCUGUCAAAGCCGUGGAAACGCAUGAAAGAUCUCGACCGACGUAUCCAAUCAGGCGACGAGAAAGAUGUAAUUUUGACCAAUGAAAUCACGUCAGUUACGAAGGGGGCGACGAAUUAGACUUGGA